CUACGCAAGCCUGAUAAAACCGUUUGGUGUUUCGUAACAUAUUUUAAAAAACAGACAAAACAAAUCUUCGCAGUUCGGUUACACUAUUAACGUUAUUUUCAACGGUUUAACUUCGAGAAUACGGCGGAACGGAGUGUAUGAAGAGUCCGAGGCUCGUGGUUUAUCGGAUCUAGGUUACGUCUCGCGAGCACAUUCCGCGCUCGGGUCGCGCGCAGCCUCUGUGUGACGUUUAUGGCGCCAGAAAUCAAGAGGAAAGCGCGUGUUAUUUUAUAGACAGACAUAUUCGCGCGCGCGCGUGCGUGCGUAUAUGAUCUGCGCGGUCGAUUGUGGGAUCCUGUUCGUGUGUGAAUGCGCGUUAGGUUAUAAAGACUAGACGAUGGUGAUGCUACGCAGCACGAGCUCGUGUGCCGAGCCGCCUAAGCGGGACUCUGACAUGGACACGAGCUCCGAGUUUCUGUCGCUGCGGCGCGCGCAGAGAAAGUCCGCGCGCCUGCGGAAGGGCCCGGAUGACAGUUCGAGCAGCGCUGAGACCAGCCCCGCUAAUGGUUUUUUGUCUGCUAAAGAAGGAAAAAACAGCAUGGGAAGAGACGGCAUGAGGACCAGAGCCCAGACAGACAAACAUGCAGUUUCUUUCACCAGUGAGGGUAACAAAACAAAAAACUCUCCACAAAAGGAUGAGAAAGGCAUGAAGCAUUUAAGGAAAUCUCCAAGAUUUCAGAAAAAUGAGAAAUCUGGUGAUGAGAAUAAUGUUGAAGAUGAGAGUGACGGGACAACAUCCCCACGAACUCUUCGCGCACGGCUACGAGAGAGAAAGGUGGACUCCACCGUGAGACGUAGCUCCAGAAUCACGAGAUACGCCACAGACCGAAAGUUUAACGCCAGGGAUCAGUCUGUUCUCUAUGACCGACUGAUUACCAACAGGCAGCUCACAUAUUAUGCAACAAGUAAGCAACAAGCAAGAAUCACAGUGAGGAAAAGCACUGCAGAAGCAGUUCUCCAGAAAAUGGAUGACAUGCAAAAAAUGCGUCGAAGGCUGAGAAGCAGAGAAUCGAAAAAGGAGGAUCUUAUAAUCUACACCGGAACCAAGAGGAAGAGAACCACAAGGUCUUCCGUGAGAACACACGAGGAGAGUGAAGAUGAGGAAGAGAGCGACCAUGAUGAAUUCACUGAUCAAGACGAUGAAAAUGAAGACGGAGAAGGAACAGGAGAAGAUGAUGAGGAGGAGGAGGAGGAAGAGGACCAUGAUGAAGGUGAUGAUGACGAGGAGGAAGAAGAUAAUCAGAAACGCUAUGAAUUCAGACAGAGGAAAGCUGUUGUGCGCUACCAAGCUCCUCUUGAGGAGCCGAGGAAGCAGAGCAUAUUUUUCCGCCGGCACUCAACCCCAACCAGGCGGAGGUAUCCGUAUAGCACCACAGGGCCGUGCAGUCCAUACAGCAGCCGCAGAAGUAGCAGACGGAGACAUGCCAUCCACAGUAGUGACUCAACCUCCUCAUCUUCAUCGGACGAGGAGAUAUUCGAGAGGUGGAUGAGUAAAAGCUGGGGCAAGUCAACAAACAGAUGCUUUCCAAUAAACUUCAAGAAAGAGGAUAUUUUAGGAAUCCACAAGGACCGUGUUAAGAUUGGUGCCAGUCUUGCAGACGUUGAUCCAAUGCAGAUUGAUAAGACGGUGCGCUUUGACAGUAUCGGUGGUUUGAAUAGACACAUCUCUGCCCUGAAGGAGAUGGUGGUCUUUCCUUUACUCUACCCUGAGGUUUUUGAGCGCUUUAAGAUUCAGCCUCCAAGAGGCUGUCUGUUUUAUGGUUCUCCUGGCACCGGGAAGACCCUGGUGGCACGAGCGCUGGCCAAUGAGUGCAGUCAAGGAGAGAAGAGAGUGGCCUUCUUUAUGAGGAAAGGAGCCGACUGCCUCAGCAAAUGGGUAGGAGAAUCAGAAAGACAGCUCCGACUGCUCUUCGACCAGGCUUAUCAGAUGCGUCCAUCUAUUAUAUUCUUUGAUGAAAUCGAUGGGAUUGCACCUGUACGUUCUAGUAGACAAGACCAGAUCCACAGCUCCAUUGUGUCCACUCUUCUGGCAUUAAUGGACGGACUGGACGCUCGUGGUGAGGUGGUUGUCAUUGGAGCUACUAACCGUCUGGAUUCCAUAGAUCCCGCGCUCAGACGGCCCGGACGCUUUGACAGGGAGUUUCUGUUCAGCCUUCCUGACAGAGAGGCUCGCAAAGAUAUUUUAAAGAUCCACACCCGACAGUGGGAUCCACAGCCAUCAGAUGCAUUUCUUGAAGAACUAGCUGAUAAGUGUGUUGGUUACUGCGGCGCAGACAUUAAAGCAGUGUGUGCCGAAGCAGCUCUCUGCGCCCUGCGCCGCCGCUACCCCCAGAUCUACUCCUCGUCACAGAAACUGCUUUUGGAUGUCUCGUCUAUUAGCGUGGAGGGCCGUGACUUCCUGUCUGCCAUGAGGAAAAUCGUGCCUGCGUCCCAGAGGGCUGUGGCAUCCCCGGCCAAAGCCCUCACACCUGAAGUUCAGCCCCUGCUGGCUAAUGCACUUAAUCAUGCCAUGAAGGCCCUGCAGAAGGUUUUCCCUCAUGUGGAACAGGGCAUCAAGAAGAAGAACAAUUGUGCAGCUGGUGUUUUAGACGAUCUGCUUCAAAGUGAUGAUGAGGCCCCAACUAUGUGCAUUGGUAACCCUGCACAAACUAACAAAGGUCCAACUGGCUCCUGUCUCCAUUUAACCAAGAGUGCUAUCCAAGAGCCAACCACGUUUAGGCCCCGACUGCUGCUCUGUGGGAAUCCAGGUUCAGGGCAGAGCACACACCUGGCCCCUGCAAUGCUGCAUGCCCUGGAGAAGUUUACUGUCUACACCCUGGACAUGGCGAUGCUUUUCGGGGUCAGCACUACCAGCCCAGAGGAGGCGUGUGCACGGCUGUUCUGCGAGGCUAAGAGAACAUCUCCGAGUAUCCUGUACAUACCACACAUGCAGCGCUGGUGGGAGACUGUGAACCCAGCACUCAGGGCCACCUUCCUCAGCCUCCUGCAGGACAUCCCAUCCUUUUCACCCAUCCUCCUCCUCGCCACCUGCAACCUACCGUAUGACUCCCUCGACGGAGAGGUGCAGAAUCUGUUUUGUAUCGAGCAUGGGGAGGUGUUCGAUGUCCCGCUUCCCUCCAGAGAGGAUAGGCGCUUUUUCUUUGAGGAUCUCAUACUGAACCAAGCUGCCAAAGCUCCUCUAUCUAAAAGAGAAGCAGUUCGCCGGGCUCUAGAAGUCCUCCCAGUGGCGCCUCCACCGGCCCCUCGCCAGCUGUCUGAGCAAGAGCAGCAGAAAUUAGAGGAACAGGAAGAGGACACGCUCCGGGAACUCCGCCUUUUCCUGCGUGAUGUCACCAACAGACUCGCUCAGGACAAGCGCUUCAAGGCCUUCACAAAGCCGGUGGACACUGAAGAAGUUCCCGAUUACACUACAGUCAUUAAGCAACCCAUGGACCUGUCCACAGUCCUCACUAAAAUCGACCUGCACAAAUAUGUCACUGUGAAAGACUACCUUCAUGAUGUGGACCUGAUCUGGAAGAAUGCUUUGGAGUACAAUCCAGACAAAGAUCCAUCAGAUCGUCUGAUUAGACAUCGUGCCUGCACACUCAAGGAUGCUGUUCAAGCCAUCAUCAAAGAUGAAUUGGAUGAAAACUUUGAAAAGAUCUGUGUUGACAUCAAGGAGUCGCGUAUGAAACGAGGUUGUACAUCAUCCAGGUUUACACCUUCAUAUUACCACGUUCUGCCUAAAGUCCAGACAUCAUUAGAGCCAAAGACUAAUGAGAGCGGCCCAUCCAAAGACAUGGGCCCUGUUACAGCAACAGUCACUACACCAAAGCAAUCAGCUGGACAGAAGAAACGAAAGCGCAGGAAGCUUUGGAGCAAUGGGUUUAUGCGCCGUAAAAAGUCCACACAGUCGCACACGAAAGAGUCGAACGGACCCGAGUCAGAAGACGAUGACGACGAGGAUGAUGAUGGAGAAGAGGAAAAAACGCCAGAGAGGGUGGAAAAGGAAGUAAAUGAGACCGAACAGAUGGAUGUGGAGAACAAGGAGAACGAUCCUACCGCAACAGAAGAGAGAAAUGAGGUCCAGGAAGCUGUACGCAGCCACAGUGGAUUCGCCAGCGGUGCAGAAGGAGAGUCCACUGAUUUCUCUGUGGAUGGGACCCAGAAUGGAAAAUUAUCUCCUGUUCUGGAUGGGGAGAGUGGGAACAGUGCAAAAUGGAUGAGGCGUUUGACCAGAGGUUUCAAGUUACAUGCUCAGCAGCAGAAGCUUUCCGACGUUAACACAGUCAUGGAGAUCUUGGAGCAGAGGAGCCAGCCACUCAUUGUGGAUCACAACAAGCUAAAGGAUCUUUUGCAGAAGGUGGUAGUAAAGACUGAGGGUUACGAGGUUGACCGUCUGGAGAAACUUUAUGCUUGUUUGAGCCAGAGCAUCUAUAGACACAGGAGAAAUUAUGACAAAACAGCACUUGUACAGGAGAUGGCAAAGGAAGUGGAGGAGUUUUCAUAGUUAUCCAUAAUAAUAAUACUAAUAAUACUAAUAAUACAAAUAAUAUUCAAACAGUAAAUAAAUUAUUUUAAUACAGCUCUCAAAACUUGAGUGAUGUAUAUAUUACAUGUUGCUGAUUCUAUUAAAAUGUUUGUCAGCA